CUCUCUCUCUCUCUCUCUCUCUCUCGCUCUCGCUCUCUCACUCUCUCUCGCUCGCUCUCUCCCUCUCUCUGUCUCUCCCCCUCCCCUGUCUCUCCCCAUCCCCUCUCUCUCUCUCCUUUCUCCCUCUUCUCUCUCUCUCUCUCUCUUUCUCUCUCUCUGCUCUCUCUCCUCUCUCUUCUCUCUCUUUCUCUCUGUGCCAUCACGUGCGUUUACAAACCGGUAGUACACGCGACCACGUGUAUAAGGAACGACAUUGUGAAUCGAUACACGUUUGUCACGUGUGUGAGCGCAUCUUUCACUUCUUUUACUCUUUGACUCUUUUAGACUUAACGCGCGCGUUUUGCGUGACGUGUGCCCGUCCUCUUGCUCUAUGUAUAAAAUUGUAUUAGUGCGCGUAGUGCAUGCUCACACUCGCUGACGUGCGUGAGUAUUUCCGUAGUGUCGACAUCGUCACGAUCAUCCAAAGAGUAGGAGAAGACUUAAGCUUAUGCUCGGUGAUCCAAAUUCAGAGACAUGUGCACGCCGGAGGAGGCGAAGGUUUGCGAAGAAACCCUGGCAGAACACAAGGAAAGGUUGGCGGAAUUACGCGGUUUGGUAGCACAGAUCGCAUCAGACGUCGGCUUAGACGCUGGCGGUCCGUUACACUGUGAGGUCGAAGCACUUGGUCGUCGACUCGAAGAUGUCCGUGAAACUUUGUCAACCCUCGCCGACACUGCCGACGUGCGUGUCCUUAAUCAAGAACUUACGCAUGUAGAUCUUUGUCAGACGAAGAAUUUCCUCGACACGGUACAACAGAGUUUGACGACUGUCGGUCAAGAAGAAUCCAAUGAGCACUUGAAGCUACUCCGUAAUCAUCUGCUUGCGCUAACACGUACGGAACCACAGCUCCAAUCUAUCAAAGAUAGGACUGUAACAAUGUCAACUCAAGAACCAUCGGUCGUCGAAGUCCUUCAGCAAUGGCAACGAGUAUUCAAAGAAACCUUCCAACAUUAUCACCGUCUAUCUGUUCGUUUGUUUAAGUCACAGGACGUAAUCGCGGUUCUGAAGUUGUGGCAAGAACAUCUAACUUAUGUGCAAGAGUUCUUAUCUAACCGCGUACCCGGUGAUUACAAUGGUUUAUCCGAACAUAGAAAUCUUUGUGAGGUUUAUAGAAAUCUUCUUACCGACCAACAAAAUCACUUGUUAACUAUUCAUGGAAAAGAAGGUAAAGAUCUGAAUGUUACCGAACAGUUCAAUGCUCUGACAAAUCUUCACAAUGAAACAUUGGCAAAAAUCAUGGAAAGACACACCGCUGUACACGAUCGACUCUUAGCAUGGGACAAUUACAGACGUGAUCAAAACGACCUCUUCGCUUGGUUGAAGGACAUUGAGAGAGAACGCAGCCGACUGCAAUUACGCUUCAUACACGUUCAUAGAUUGGAUAAGAUUCUCCAAAGAAUUCAAGCUCUGCUUGAAAAAGUUCCAUCGGGUGAGGCCCAAAUAGAAUCGCUUCAAAAACAACAAACUCCUUUGCUUAUUGAUUGCGAUGAGACUUUGGCCGUUUCGGUACGCAUGGAACAUGCAGCGAACGUUGAACGUAUCGCCAAUUUACGUGCCGGUUUAGAAACCUGGAGAGAUUUCGUUGAGAGAGUACAAAAACUUCAUGAACAACAUGUGGCACAGACCGAUAGGAUCACGAACACGUUACAGGAUAUCGGUCAGAUACUUAAUUCUGUCCUUCACUCGAUCCCUGGUAAAUUGUCACAAACCAAAGAAAAUUUGCUUUUCCUGCAAGAAUUGAAAACUCGUCUGGUCGAUACUAGUAACGAAUUGGAAUCUUUAAACGUACUUACUAAAAAGCUACGAGAAUGUCUUAGUCCUUCUGACAUGAAAUCAUUGAAUCAGCACGUUGCACUUUUGUGGCAACAACAAGGAGACCUCGAUCAUCAGUUAGCUUUAGUCGAGUACAAGCUUGGCGAACGUUGCGGCCUACAAAAUCGUUGGAUCAACAGACAAAGCAGACUGUUGACCUGGAUUGAAGACGCGGAAAGCAGAGUGAAAAAUUGGGACAUGAUCCCUCUUGGUGAACCCGAAAAAGUGCUAAAACGAUUUGAGUGCGAGUUGCAGGCAGAAAUAGCUUUAAAACAGCGAGAAUUCGAGUGGGUGCAAAAAACUGGUCAAGAAUUAAUCGAUGCAACCGACGAUACUGAAAAAGCUAAGGUGCAAAAUGGAUUGGACGAAGUGAACGAAAAAUGGUGUAGAUUACUUACGAGUGGAAAAGUUCGAGCGAAUAAAUUACACGAUUUAAUACAAUCAAUAAACACUCUCGAAAAGAAAUUAAUAGAGCAAAGAAGUUGGAUGACAGGUAUCGAGGCGCAACUUUCCGAAAAUUUCAUCAUCGAAACUGUGAAUCAAAGCUGUAUUGAUAAGAAAUUAGAGGACCAUGAAUACAUUCAAAAAGCUAUUCAAACGGAAGGUGCCAAAAUCGGAGAAGUAUUGAAUCUCUGUGAAAUGUUACUACACGAUUCCGACAUAUGGAAAACAUCUCUGAAUACCGAUACGAUCAAGAACGGUAUGGAAGGUCUUCAACGUCGAUGGAAAACUACGUGUGUUAGAUCGGCUGAACGUAAGCAAGAAAUCAUAUUGGCCUGGAAGUUACUUCGUGAGAUGGAUAAUAUUAGAAUAGAACACGAAGGUUGGAUCACUCAAACAGAAAGUGCACUUGCGAGUUUUGAGAAAGAAAUGAAUGAAAUUACUAAAAAGGAUACGAAGGAAAUGCUAGAGAGAUUGAAAACGAUAAUGAAAGAUAUCGAAGCGCAUGAACCAGCUUUGAAGAUUCUUGAACAAAACUUUGGACGACUUGCAAAAACUAGAUUGGAACCUGAAAAUUUAAAAUCGCUUACAGCUAAAAGUCGUAAAACUAUAGACCGAUGGCUCCAACUUAGUAGUAGAACAAAUUCCAUAAUCGCAGCGAUAGAACGCGAACAAAUGGACUAUCACGAAUUUAGUUUGGCUCAUGGUGCUGCGUUAGUUAGCCUGACACAAAUCGAUAUUCGAUUGACUCAAUUGCAACACUUGCUUACUCCUGAACAACGAACGUCACCACGUGGUAGACUGCAACGAUUAUCUGAAAUCGAAAAAGAAUUAAACGCUCAAAAUGUUCUACUGCAAAAAGCUGAUAAAUUAGCACUCGAAAUUAUGCAGGACAGUCAUCCGGAUGAUGUGGCUAGUAUACAGGAACUCGUGGACGAAUAUCAGUCUUUAUGGAAAGAAAUUAAAACGCGAGUUACUACUUUAAGAACCGAAUUAGAAUCUCAGGAAAAAUCUGAAGUAGACGAAGCCGUUCAGGUUGAAACUUUGAAAUUCGAACAAGACACGGCUGUUCAAGUGAACACUUUGCCUAGAUUAAUUAGAAUGACAUCUUGCGACGCGUAUAUGUUGGAAUUGAAAACAGCUCUCACGGAAUGCCAUCAUUCUUUGGAUGCAUUAGAAACAACUAUCACACCAGAGCCUGUAUCCGGACCAAACCUGAAUACAACAACUAAAACAAUUGCAAAAUUGAUUGGAUGUUGUCAAUCGUCUAUAGAACUUGUGCGUCAUCUCCAUACUUUACUCAUGGAAGACACAAAAUUCAAUGUAGAAACAACGAUAAGCGAAGAGGUGCAAACUGUGAUAACUCGAUACGAAGCUCUUCUUUUACUCGCUAGAACGCGUGAACAACAAAUUAGAGAACUCAGGUCUCCCAUUACAGACGCUUAUUCAUUUCCAUGUAAUCACGAUAGUGGUAGACUAACGUGUCCGCUUUGCUCUCGACGUAACUGGACUCAGUUGGAUAAUGAUCUCUGGCGUCUAGAAAAAUGGUUAGAGUUUGCUGAAGGUACCCAAAGUGAACAACACUCGCCACCGAGUAAUAUCGAGGACCUGGAAUAUGUUAUUCAAGAACAUAGAGAAUUUCUUCAGCACCUUGACAGUCAUAAAAGCAUUGUCGUUAGUUUGAACAUUGUAGGUGUUCAUUUGGCUGAACAUACAGAAGACACUAGCCGCGCAACAGAAUUACGUGAUCGAUUAACUGUUGCAAACACAAGAUGGGACAAAGUAUGUGCGUCAGCUGAAAAAUGGCAAGAACAAUUGCGACGUGCACUUAUUUCGAAUCAUCAAUUUCAUCGUAUCAUCGAAGAGUUGUUUGCUUGGCUCGAAAAGACAGAAAUUGUAAUUAGGACGAGUGAACCAAUCGAUCUUUCCGAAGCUACCGAUAUUCUGGAAACAAAAUAUAACAAAUUCAGGGAACUACGAAGUGACCUUGAGCGCUGUGAACCGCGUGUUUUAUCUCUUCAAGAAUCUGCCAAUCAACUACUAAAUGAACAGGGAGGAGUAAGAGCUCGACUACAAGAACUUCGAUUAAGACUACAAUCGUUACGUCGACUAACAGGCAUCUACUCAUUAAAAUUAGGAGCAGCUUUAGGAUUGGAUCCACGUGAUAUCGGACUCACUGCUACGUCCUCCUCAUUAGCCACUCUUUCUCGCGACCUACUCGAUGAAGCUGCCUCUGGGUCCUCUCAGCCACACACAACAGCUGCCACAGAUGGUGACGAAACACAUCAAAUACCACCAAGACAAGGAUAUAGUUUUCUAGGAAGAGUUCUGCGUGUUUCUCUUCCGAUACAAGCAUUAAUGCUGUUGCUACUUGGUAUAACUUCAUUGAUACCGUCAACAGAAGAAGAUUACAAUUGCAUGCUCUCUAACAAUCUCGCUCGAAGUUUCACUCUAAUGGUCUAUCAUCCAAAUGGACCGCCGCCUUUGUAACAAAAACAGAAUGUCUUCACUUCAUUUAUGUCUAUUGGUAAAAACUACUGCAUUGAUAAAAAACAUUGGAUAUAAGAUUUAACGUAACAUGCAAAACGUUGAAAUAUAAAUGAAUACGCUGCAUAUAUAUAUAUAUAUAUACAUGAAAGUGUAUACAUAACGAUUCCAAAUACAAAAAAAAUUUGUAUAUAUCAUUAUAGCACACGAUUUUCGUAUAUCGUCAAUGACUUAAUUUAUUCUUUGGCUAUAUAAUCCUUUAGAAUGUUACAAACUAUUAAUGAGAUUGCAACAUUUGUGACAUAAUAGUAUUUUGAAUAAAAUAUUUAUAAAGGAUUAAAAGUGAAGUCAGCGAUCGAUAGUAUUGACGAUGUUAGUAUUUAUGAUAAAAAAUUAAACUAAAAAAGUAAUAUAUAUUGAUAAUAAAGAUUAUCACAUUAUUAUUGCAAGAAUGGUUUUUGAAUACACAAUUACUUAGCAAUAAUGCUUCCUUUAAAAUAUAAUGUUCUUUUCUUUAAUAGAAACAUAAGAAAUGAACUAUCUGUAUGAAGUACUUGUAUUAUUCCUGCAUAAAUUACACAAAUGCAGUCUAUUUACAUUAUGCAUAUUUGUUGUAGGAUAAAUUAAGUAAGAUUUGCCGAAUUUUUAUUUUUAUACUUUAUGUUUAUACCAAAUUCGAUACACGAAAUGUCUAAAUCUGAUUUUGAUACAAUAUUACGAUAAAUAAUGGUGCUAAUAUGAAAGACAGUAUGUUAAAUAUAUAUAGAAACUACAUAUUCAAAUUUGUUACUUCAUUGCAAUUGGUCAUAACUGUAUUGAAACUUUGUAAAUAUUAUUUAAUAAUACUUUAAGAUGAUAUUAUAUCAUAAAAAAUAAAGAAUAUAUAAUUUGUGACUAUGCGUAAUGAUAAAUACGCACAGAAUAAUGAGAAAUUAAUUAAAUACAUAAAUACUGAUUUGUCCUUA